CUCUUCAUCUGCACUAACAGGUUGACCGUUGAACCUUAUCGUUGUUUACAAUGGCAUUGUCACAAACUCGUUCUCCAUUUCUCAACUUCGUUAACCCAUUUCCAAUGGCAACACUUUCUUCCUUCACCAUCUCCUCCAAAACCCUAACCCUAACCCUACCUAACCACCCCAAAACCUCAUCUCUCAAUUUCAACGACCUCUCCAUCCGUACCAAAAUCCGUACCCGGAACCCUAUCCAGAUUCGCGCGGCGGUCAAUGAAGAUUUUCUCUCCAACAAAGGCGGAAGCAAAGAGCAGAAGGAAACGAUUAUGCUUCCCGGUUGUGACUACAACCAUUGGCUCAUUGUAAUGGAGUUUCCUAAAGACCCUAAACCCUCUCGGGAACAGAUGAUUGAUACUUACCUUCAAACUCUUUCUACUGUCUUGGGAAGCAUGGAAGAAGCAAAGAAGAACUUGUAUGCCUUUAGCACCACAACUUACACUGGAUUUCAAUGCACUGUUGAUGAAGAAACCUCCGAGAAAUUCAAGGGUUUGCCUGGCGUUCUCUGGGUCCUGCCAGACUCAUACAUAGAUGUUAGAAAUAAAGACUAUGGAGGUGACAAGUACAUAAACGGGGAAAUCAUUCCUUGUAAGUACCCUACUUAUCAACCAAAACGUAGUGGUGGAUCAAAGAGUGAUGGUGGUAGAAGGUAUGAAAGACGGAGGGAUGGUCCUCCUCCUGCUGGGCGUCAAAAGCCAAGACAGGAGGCAGCUGCUUCAGAUUCAUCCUCUACUUGAGCCUUCAGGUGGUUUUCAAUUUUGUUGAGAGUAAUUCCAAAACAAAGAGGAUUGCUACUCCUUAUCAAGGCAUUAUCAUGCUCAUAUAACAACUAGAAGCUUAAACCUAUGUUCGAUUCUCAUCAGAUGCAGUGUUACAUAUAGUUUACAGCACGAUCAAGUGGUCAUUUCAGAAAUUAUCUUCAUGAAUGUGUGCUUUUGAACUGUGUCUAUGAGAUGUAAGACUUGUGUUAGGGUAGUUUGUUUGUAUAAUUUGGAUUACUUAUCACUCAAACAGUUUGUGCUUUUGUGAUAAGUAUUUCAUUGGAUUGUGACAUUUUGAACACAUAAUGACGGAUAGGUACGCAACAGUUAUCCGA